UUAUGAAGUAUAUAAAUCUCUCCCUCUCCCUUGCUCCAAACAAAAACUCACGAGCAGUUUGCACAUCAACUCACCACUCCUCUCUUUCUUCUCUCCCACUUUCACCCACUUCCAUUAGUCAUCUCCUAGGCUUUUAUCCAGGGGAAGAUGAGCCGACCAGGUGAUUGGAACUGUAGGUCAUGCCAGCACAUGAACUUUCAGAGAAGGGACUCGUGCCAGCGGUGCGGCGAGCCGAGACCUGGCAGUGACCACAGAGGGGAUUACGGCGGUUUCGGCGGUGGCCGGAUGGUCUCGUCGUUCGGGUUCAGUACCGGGCCCGACGUGAGGCCAGGCGACUGGUACUGUGGUGUGGGCAACUGUGGCGCACACAACUUUGCCAGCCGCUCUAGCUGCUUUAAGUGCGGCGCCUCCAAAGAUGAUUCGCCCGGUGGAUUCGACGGCGGUGAUAUGCCGAGAAUCAGAAGCUUUGGCUUUGGUGGCACUGGCAGCACCAGCCGCUCUGGCUGGAAGUCCGGCGACUGGAUUUGCUCCAGGUCGGGUUGCAAUGAGCAUAACUUUGCGAGCAGGACGGAGUGUUUCAGGUGCAGUGCGCCAAGGGACACUGCUAGCAAGUCUACUUCCUAUUGAUAAAUCAUGGAUUUCACAAUUUUCUGGUGCUGCUGCAGUUGAUGAUGGGAGAUAGAACCAAGAAAGAAGAUGCAUAUGCUUAUGCAAUUAUCAGCUUUAUCAUGGCAUCCCAUAUUACUUUUUUUUUUUUUUUUGGCUCCUAUAUAUAUAUAUAUUUAUUUUUUCCAAUAUCUUAAUUAGGGUUCUUAUUAGGGUUGAAGACUUUUGAUUAAUUAAGUUGAAGAGUGUGAGAGGUUUUCUUAAUUAAUAUUUAAUAUUAUAUA